GGCAGUUAGAACUUGCGUUCGUGAGUUUCCUUUUUCUCUCUAUCUCUUCUCCCUCGCUCCUAUAAAUAUUUAAGGCUACGAAGAAGUGACAGAAAGAGAAAGGAGAGAAGCCCGCAUAACGGCCGUUAUGGAACGUCGUCUUCUUCUUCUUCUUCUCCGUUUCGCGUCUCUCUCGCUCCUCUUCUCAGCCUUCGCCAUUAAUCUUGCAGGAUCGCAAGGCAUCGGAGUGAACUAUGGAAUGAAAGGAGACAAUCUCCCUUCCCCAUCGCAGGUAAUUUCCCUCUACAAAUCCCGCAACAUAACAAAGCUCCGACUUUUCUACCCCGACGCCAACGCCCUCUCCGCCCUCAAAAAUUCCGGCAUCGAAGUCAUCCUCGGAACCUACAACGAAGACCUCCAGAGCCUCGCCGGCGAUACCUCGGCCGCCACCUCAUGGGUUCAUACCAACGUCGCCCCCUACGCCUCCGCUGUCGAUUUUCGGUGCAUCGAUGUCGGAAACGAGGUCAUCCCCGGCGACUCGGCCAACUAUGUUCUACCCGCCAUGCGCAAUAUCGCCGCCGCGUUGCACGCCGCCGGCUUCAAUAUUCCGGUCAGCACCGCCGUCUCGACUGCAGUGCUGGGGACAUCUUACCCGCCGUCGCAGGGAGCCUUCUCCGACCAAGCCUCGCAGGUAUUGGGGCCAAUAAUCUCCUUCCUGGCAUCAAAUGGUUCACCAUUGUUAGUCAAUGUGUACCCUUACUUUGCUUAUUCUGGGAACCCAGGACAGGUCAGAUUAGACUACUCAUUGUUCCAAGCAAGUGGUGUGGUGGUUCAAGAUGGUAGUCUCGGCUACUCGAACCUCUUCGAUGCGAUGGUUGACUCAGUUUACUCGGCUUUACAAAGACUCGAUGGGUCUGGGGUCGAUGUCGUCGUAUCAGAGACAGGAUGGCCAUCAGCCGGCGGCGAAACCGGAGCCACCGUCGAUAAUGCGAGGAUUUAUAACAAUAAUUUGGUGAAGCAUGUGAACAAAGCUGCUGGGACUCCUAAGUUCCCAGGGAAGCCGCUGGAGGUUUAUAUGUUUGCCAUGUUUAAUGAGGAUCAGAAGCCUGUAGGAACAGAAAGGAACUUUGGCAUGUUUUAUCCUGAUAUGACUGAGGUUUAUCAUGUUGAUUUUUAGUUAUUUAGUUUAUGUAAAGAGAAAAAGGAGAUGGAUUGGAGAUUGAUGGGUUGUGAUUUAUUUGAUUUCGGAUAUUUUGUUAUAGUUUUUUGAGUUUAAUGGA